AUGUGUUCAUGGCAAGUUCCUCGAAAGCACCACGAGGCAGUUCAAAUUCUGACCAACGUUAGCGGGACUGCAAGGGCUGGGAAGCUCACCUGCAUACUUGGUCCCAGUGGUUCUGGCAAAACCACCUUGCUAAAUGUGCUGGCUGGUCGUCAAAGUGGUGGGCAGCGUCAUCGAAUCCGCAUCACCGGCCAGGUUUGGAUUUCGGGGCAGCGAGUCGACCCACGACUUGUUCGAUCGCGGAUUGCGUAUGUCAUGCAGAAGGACGAGAUGUUCGCAACUUCCACACCCACGGAGGCCUUGAGCUUCUCUGCUUCGCUCCGUCUUUCUGGGCCGAGGGAGGACCGGAAGGAGUUGAUCUCGGAGCUGCUGGGUUCUUUGGGACUCAGGAGUUGCGCAGACACGUAUAUUGGCAAUGCAGUCCUCAAUGGCUUGUCAGGAGGUCAAAGGAAACGAACUGCGAUUGGUGUCGAGCUGAUCACACGGCCUGAUAUAGUUUGCUUGGAUGAGCCGACAAGCGGCCUGGAUUCUUUUGCUGCAUAUCAGGUCAUGAAUGUCUUAACAGAUCUCGCAAAAGCCGGCUGCACUGUCAUUUGCACCUUGCACCAGCCCAGCAGCGAGAUUUUUGCAUUGAUUGACCAGGUGAUAUGUCUUUGUGGUGGCCACUGUUUGUGGGCUGGUGACCGGGAUCACAUGGCAAGCCACUUCACCAAGGUAGGAUAUCCGUGCCCUGUGGGCUUCAAUCCUGCAGACUUUGUCAUUUUCUUGAUGCAGACGGAGCCAAAGCCAAAGACCGAUGAGCUGAUUCGCAUUUGGACUCAAGAGCAAAUAGAUGGAGCACUUCAUCGCAGUAGCGAGUCCGGCCUUUCCACAGGCACCUUUCAUACUCAGCAUGAGCUAUGCAGGACACCCAAAGGCCGUGCGAGGAGGGCAUUCUUGGCUUCAUUCAGUGUUCAGAAAAGCUUUGGCAAGCAGCUGAAGCAGCUGGCCAAGCGCGAGUUGAGAGCUGUAGUCCGGGAUCGCACUACACUGGCAGUGAGGCAGAUUCCCACGAAAGUCUCGGAGUAG